AUGCCGCGGCCAUCACGUGAUUCGUACGGUGACCAGAAGCCGCCCUACUCGUACAUCUCCCUCACAGCGAUGGCCAUCUGGUCGUCGCCGGAAAAGAUGCUUUCCCUCAACGAUAUCUACCAGUUCAUCACCGACCGAUUUCCGUACUAUCGCACCAAUACCCAGCGCUGGCAGAAUUCGCUCCGGCACAAUCUAAGCUUCAACGAUUGCUUCAUCAAGGUGCCACGGAGACCGGACCGUCCGGGCAAGGGCGCAUACUGGACGCUGCACCCGAAAGCCUUCGACAUGUUCCAGAACGGUAGUUUGCUCCGUCGGCGAAAGCGCUUCAAGCUGCACCAGACGGACAAGGAGUGUUUGAACGAAGAAUUCAUCGCGCUGGCCAAUAUGAACCGAUUCUUCAUGGCACAGAGCGGUGCCCCGACGUACCAUCAUCAUGAUCCUGCCUCGUACUAUCCGCCACUGUCGGAACCGAGCAUGGUGUAUGCACCGAUCUCGCCGCCCUUAUCGCCACCGGAGGACAUUGGUGGAACGAUUCUUGGUGGUACGCCAGUUGGUGGAAGUGUUGCUGGAUCUGAGUCACCGGUCAGUGUUGCUUCCCUGCCACCAGCAACGGCAGCACCAACCGUGACAACUACGACGGCCAUUACUAAUCCUAAACCAAAGCGAUCCUUCACGAUCGAAAGUCUCAUCGAGCCGGACAGUUCGUCCGAUUCGGAAGAAAGUACGGACCGGUCGCAACCACAAGCGUACCAGCAGUUCCAGCAGCACCAACAGCUAGAACACCUUCGCCAUCUAAGUCAGCAGCAGCUGAUGAGCAAUCUGACCGCUUUUAACGAGUAUGCGGCAGCGGUGCAACAUCAUCAUCAGCAGCAGCAGCACCAACACCAACAGCAUCAAGCGGCCGUUGCUGCAGCAGCCGCAGCCGCCGCAUACGCCGGGAAUGUCCCACUUCAUCCGCUACUGUUACCGCUCGGGAAGAUGCAAUCACCUGCCAACUAUUUCCUUCAUUCCGGCGCAUCCUACCACCAUCAUCCUCACCAUCUGCAUCACCUGUAUCCUGGCCAUCUACCGACGUCCUCAGCAGUUGCUGCAGCCGCCGCAGCAGCAGCAUCGCAGCAUCUUCAUCCGCAUGAGCUAGCACAUCAAGGUUUGCGCCCAGAACCACCGUCGCUAGCGAUCGCGUAA